GGCUGGGGAGCAGUGGCUGACUCAGUGGAUCUAGAGAUAGACAGAGAGAGUGUGAGAGAGAGUGAGCGAGAGAGAGAGAGACAGACAGACACACAGGGAGAGAAACAGAGAGCCCUUUCCUCGACCAGUGGCUCUCUUUCAUUGGCUCGGUGCACUGGACCGGCAAACAGGAAACACUACAACACCAUGCCUGUUUCUGUCGCUACAUCAAGUCUCUACCACUACCACUGCUACUACCUAGCAGCAUCUUCACUAGAACCAGCCAGCACUCAGACAGAGGAUCAGAGAGAGAGAGAGCGGGAAGCCCACUGAAGACAGGCUCAGCGGAGUAAAGAAACAGAGACUGUGGCUGAGGCUGAGGCUGGACCAGGGCUACGGAGCUACAGACUGAAGCCAAGCAGCUGCUGUUUUUCUGUUCUCCCUGCUGCUGGAGCUCCAUGCGAGAGGAGAAAAGUGGAGCGGCGGGAAGAGAGAACUGCUGUUGAGAGUCUGGAAGAGCUGGAAGACGGAAACCAAGCCCACAUAGCAACACAGCUCUGAAGUGGCUCAAGAGAGACUGACUCUCAAGUGGCUCAAGAGAGACUGACUCUCAAGUGGCUCAAGAGAGACAGACUGACUGACUGCUCCAGUGAUGCUCAAGUCCACGUUGUGAUGCUCCAAGACUCUUGUCUUCACUGCCACGAGGAAGGCUUCUCUCAACACACCUGGCUGAAGGACUGACCCUAGGGUUGUGACCAGAGCAGUGGCUCAUACUGACAACACACAGCAGGACUUAAAAAGGACUUUCCGAUAGCGGUCUUCUCGACCUGAACCUGUAGAAUUCUCUUGACGUCGGACUGUCAGCGUAUGGAACACUGAACGGUUCCCCCCGUUAAAAGGACGUUGGUUCAGGUUCUGUAGCUCCACGGUCAGACUCUUGUAGAUGUAAGACUUCCUUGUUUUACUUCUCUUGAUUCGGACUGUUUGUCUGUGCUCUCAGUGGAAGACCCCCCUUCCAGCUCGUUCCUCAUGGCGUGCUAUUACAUCGUCAUCAGUUCUACUCACCUCAGCAACGGCCACUUCAGGAACAUCAAGGGAGUUUUCCGCGGCCCCCUCGGCAAGAAUGGCAACAAGAACUUGGACUACGCGGAAAAGGAGAGGACGACGACCACGGCCAAAGCCUUGGAGGACCCGAAGGCCAACUUCUACUGUGAUCUGUGUGACAAGCAGUACUACAAGCACCAGGAGUUUGACAACCACGUUAACUCCUAUGACCAUGCUCACAAACAGAGGCUGAAGGAGCUGAAGCAGAGAGAGUUUGCCCGGAACGUGGCCUCUAAGACCAGGAAGGAUGAGCGGAAACAGGAGAGAGCACUCCGGAGGAUACAUGAGCUUGCCGAACAACGCAGAGAGAUCCAUUGCGCUCCAGGCAGUGGCCCCAAGUUCAAGUCCACUACGGUGGCAGUGGAGGGCAGUUUCAGAGACAGCUGUACCGAUGGACCUUCAGAGGAGUCCAACAACUCCACAGUUCUGGAGACAGGAACCCACAACCACACCAGCACCAGCACUGGCCUGGCCACCAACAGCAAGACCCAGAAAACACUAUACUGGCCUUACACGGGAAAGGCCAAGAAACAGAAUUACAACAGGCACAAAAUAGCAUUCUCAUUCUCCUUCCCAAAGAAAGCAUCCGUGAAGCUGAAAUCUUCGGCCGCCGUGUUCUGUGACAACACAGAGGAGAGUUCCAAAGAAUGUGUCAGAAGACAGAAGCUCAGAACGCCCUUUGUUGAGUUGAACAUUCUGGACUCUCCUACUGCACAGGAAAAGGGACUAGGUCACGGGACUGUGGAGGCUGUUGGCACUCAGCCUGGUGAUCUCAGCCCAAACUGUGUUAGUUUUAGUGAGUGGAGCCAGAGAUCAUCAGAUGCACUAGCCAGGUCUGACAUCCCGAUGCCACCACAGGCCUCACAUUUGUGUUCUGCGCUAGUUAACUCUGAGGAUAUGGCCAGACCUUAUGUGUCCUCCGUCUCCCAAUUACCUGCAUCUCCAGACGACCCAGACACAGUACUAGAUAGACAGAACUCUGAGAAAACUCAGAGAAACAGCCCAACAGAGGCCGAGCCAGAAACAAGCAAACGCCAACAAGCUCAUAAAAUAGAGGAGAGUGUCUGUGGGGAAGAGGACUCCUCCAUUAGCAGUUUCUCUUCUGAGGUCGUCUCCGGUUCUGAUGGUCCCCGUGAGAACGGCUCCUCCUCCUCUCAGUCCUCUCAGUGUCCUGGGACUGUGAGAGAGGAACAGAAAGGAGAAGACAUUACGGUGGUGGUGAAGAACCUGUCUUGUCCUUUCACCAAGCCCAGCCAGCCGUUCUUCUCUGUGCUCAGCAGAGAUGGAAACACUGUUCUCCAGUGGCCUACAGAGAUGUUAACCUUCACCAGGACAGAGCCCUGUCUCUCCUACAGCUGUAACCCCCUCCAUUUUGACUUUAGGGCCUCGCAGCAAUGGCAGAACAGGGCGAAGGUUAGUGUUGAUGACAGUCAGAGUAAGUUAUCUGUGGCUUUGUGUAUCAGCUCAACAUCUGUCUGCGCUGAGGAACCACCAGAUGUUGGCAACAAGCACAACAAGGCCUGCUCUUGGCCAAACCAUCAUAGCCCUUUCAGAGACGGCAGGGAAGCAGUGGAGAGGAAGGAUUGUCUCAUAUGUGAGCACCACACGAGUGACACAGACACAGAAAGCUGCAGCUUGCGACUUAAGAGACACAGCUGUGGGGGAUAUAGUAGGCACUCAAAAGGUAGGACUCAAUCUGAGAAGAGAGCAGCAGGUGGCGAGAAAUGGAAACCCAGAGACAGGCGCCAUUACAGGAGCCACAAGAAGAAGGGGAGGAGGAGGGGGAUGAGAGGAGGAGGGGAUGAGGAAGAAGAGGAGCACCACAGAGAGAGGGCGACGGAUGGAGGGUUGGAGAGCAAUGCAGAGAAAUGCAACACAUUUCAGAGACGGUCUGAGUGUUGGGAAGGACUUGAUAGCCAAUUUAGAGUCCCCACUUCACAGCGAGUGCAGCCAUUAGAGAAGUCAAAGCAAUCGGCUGAGGACAGUGGCUGUGCUGUCCCCUUUGCCGCCGAGGACAGGGAGAGGGAGAGAGAGAGAGAGAGGAAGAGAGAGAGAGAGAGUGAGAGAGAGAGAGAGAGGGAGGAGGAGAGGGAGAGGGAGAAGGAGAGAGAGAGGGAGAGAGAGGGGGAGAGAGAGAGGGAGAGAGAGAGGGAGAGAGAGAGGGAGAGGGAGAGGAAGCGUGUAGUGGAAAGGGAGAGGGAGGAGGAGAGAAGAAGACAGGAAACAGCAGGCAGGGUAAACGGCUCAGCGGGCAGCCUCAGCCUCUCGGAUGAAAAGGUGUUGGGGAGGAGCGUCAGGAGAGACCCGUUCCAUUCAUCAACAGAACAGAGAAACACUGCAGGGCAUGGCUCAGAGAGCUCACAGAGUCACAACGACAACCCUUGCCCUGAGAAACCUCCUGGGGUUGUUAGACAAAACCCAGGCAGAGGGAUGACAGUCACGGCACCAGAGAGCUUAGUCACCGUUACCCAAAAACUAAGCAUGGCCCAUUCGCCCGAGAGGCUUGGUGAAGACUUUUGUGAGAGCAGGGCCCUGAAAAGGAAACGGACAGCAUCAAUGUCUCUGGCUGAUGAUGAGCAGAGCCUUGACCUCCAGGGUUCAUGCAGUCAGUGUCAGCCAGCUGUAAUGGUAGAGCCCAAUGGGCCAGUCCUAUGUACCCAGUGUCAGUCAACUGUGGUAGAGCCCAAUGGGCCAGUCCUAUGUACCCAGUGUCAGUCAACUGUGGUAGAGCCCAAUGGGCCAGUCCUAUGUACCCAGUGUCAGUCAACUGUGGUAGAGCCCAAUGGGCCAGUCCUAUGUACCCAGUGUCAGUCAACUGUGGAAGAGUCCAAUGGGCCAGAUGGUUCAAUGGGUGAGGAGGGGUCUCCUUGGUCUGCCUGUGUUUCCUGUGGUGGGGAGGGGAGACAGAGGAAGAGACAGAGAGGGUCCAGGUAUACUCCUCACAUCUCAGAACCUCCUGUAGGUCACAAUGUUCACAUCUCAGAACCUCCUGUAUGUCACAAUGUUCACAUCUCAGAACCUCCUGUAGGUCACAAUGUUCACAUCUCAGAACCUCCUGUAGGUCACAAUGUUCACAUCUCAGACCCUCCUGUAGGUCACAAUGUUCACAUCUCAGAACCUCCUGUAGGUCACAAUGUUCACAUCUCAGAACCUCCUGUAGGUCACAAUGUUCACAUCUCAGACCUUCCUGUAGGUCACAAUGUUCACAUCUCAGACCCUCCUGUAGGUCACAAUGUUCACAUCUCAGACCUUCCUCUAGGUCGCAAUGUUCACAUCUCAGACCUUCCUGUUGGUCACAAUGUUCACAUCUCAGACCUUCCUGUUGGUCACAAUGUUCACAUCUCAGAACCUCCUGUAUGUCACAAUGUUCACAUGGCUGAACCUCGUCUGGAUUUACUGUCUGUUGACAGAUGUAAGCUGAACGUCCAGAGUGAGAAUCUAGUGAAUACAGCUGUGGAAUACCUUGUGGUAAAAGGUCAAUUUGCCAGCUGUAGUGCCCUGAGUCAGCCAGCUGUAGAGCACAACAGUAAGUCAAUGGGAGGCUCUCCUCAGCUCCAGAUUCAGAACAAUGUUCCCAGCAUGAAAGUCGAAUGUUCCUUCUCUCCCUCUCAACCUGGGCCUGGGCCUGUAAGAGAUCCCCCAAAUCCCCCAGAAAUAAUUGGUAUUACUAAUGAAAACAAAAACAGCACUAUUUGCUUCCCAAACUCUUCCACUGUUUCUCUCCCGAUCAUGGGACAUCGUUCAGGAAUGGGUAACAUAGGGCAAGAUUGUAUUAGAAGGCAAACGGUGGCAGUGGCUGCCCAGGUCAGUCCACUGGGUGUGAGAGAGAUCAUCCCCCUGUCCAUCCCACAGAUGCUUCACAGACAGAAGACCAGUCUGGACAAGUCAUGUCAGCACAGUCCCCGGAGCCACCCCACCCACCAGGAGUCCCACAGCCCCCAGCCUACCCAGAUUCAGAGGUUUCAUCCUGGGGUUAGGGUUCAGGACGAGAGAGGGUUCAUGGAGAGCCUGAGACCUGGAGGUACUACCGUUACAGCUAGCCCCUACCACAAUCACAGACCACCGUGUUUCCAUCCGCAGCACCCGUCUGACGGUAGGGAGAAACAUCACUGUCUCGUUCAGAUCCAAACACACAGGCACGUCCUCCACCACCAUCAGCAACAUCAGGUGUUCCCUGGAAAGAUGAAGCAAGUUCUGUCUGGGUCUCCUGUCGCGGUGACCCCUUCCUGUCCUCCCAUGCUCCACCCCGUCCACCUGUCUCCGUCCCCCAUGUCCUCCAUGCCAACCAGGUCCAUCACUAUCCGACACACCAUCCUCCACCACCAACAUCACCACCGUGCAGCAUUCCUCCCUCAGCACCCUCAAACAACUCUCUUACCCCAUGUUCUUCCAGUCCCUGUCCGCAGCCUGCCUAUGGGGGCAGAAAUGUGUCCCUCUGGCCCCUACCCUCCUCCCUUUGUGACCUCACCACCGCAGCUCUCGGUAAUGGCCCCGCCCAGUUUACACCACCACCCAAUGGCGGUGACAUUCCAUGCCAUGCCCCGUCCAGCCAUGUUCCCCUCCAUGAUGCAGCCACACCCACAUCCCACUGUCAUCCCUCUACAGCCCAUGUUUUUAUGACAUCACAACCCACUGUCAUCCCUCUACAGCCCAUGUUUUUAUGACAUCACAACCCACUGUCAUCCCUCUACAGCCCAUGUUUUUAUGACAUCACAUCCCACUGUCAUCCCACUACGGUCAUGUUUUGAUGACAUCACAACCCACUGUCAUCCCUCUACAGUCCAUGUUUUUCUGACAUCACAACCCACUGUCAUCCAUCUACGGCCCAUGUUUUGAUGACAUCACAUCCCACUGUCAUCCGUCUAUGGUCCAUGUUUUGAUGACAUCACAUUCCACUUUUAUCUCAUUGCUGCACAUGUUUUGAUGACGUCAUCACCCAACAUGCCACUUUCAGGAAGUAUAGCUUUCAAUCGUUUUUUUGUUGUUGUUUUACUUACAAAUAUUAUUUCAAAUAGGGGGGAAAGCAACAACAACAACAAAAAGUUACUGUCAAUUUCAUCUUAAAGUAGUAUUUUCUUCACGUAACAUUCCAAACCUGCUUCAACAAUGGAAAGGUUUUUGUAGUAACCUAUUCACAGUGAUAAGUGAUUUUCAUUAAUACGAUAUUAUCCAGAAAUAUUUCCUUUAGAUUGACAAUCAAGCAUAACUACAGAAUUAGGACGUGUGCAUAUUAAAAACCGGUCUGAGGCAGAUUAAUUAUUAGAGUGUUCUCUCGACUGUAUUUUUGCUAGUGAUGUGCUUCAAUAGUCUACCUUUAGGGCAUUACAUGCAAUACUAGUUCAAUUAAACAUGAACAGAAGCACAGAAAGUUUUUUUUUUUUGUGCAACGGUACGUUUGGAAGAGUUUCACUCUACAUUCAUUUUGUUUCCUAAAGGAUGACAAUUCAUUCAUGUAACACUCUAUUGUACAGCAUUCCUCCGUAGUUUCGGACACAGCCCCCCCCCCCCCCCCCCCCCAAAAAAAAAACUUUAUUUGGCAAGUAGAUUAUGCAUUGAAAGAAUGGGUCUGAGCUGUGGCUGUCCUAAUAUGGACAAGGUAGGGUUACAUGUCUUAUGAGUUAGAUUUUAUACAUUAGAUAAAAAGUGACAGUGUCUUUAUAAUCACGUAGCCCUGAUUUGAUUCUGUACCUAAAUCUGCUUACCAAGUGGUUGCAAUGCUUCCCCAUAGGCCUUCUCCAUGUAAUUGUAAUACAGUAGAUAUACACUGAUGCUGGGAUGAAAAACUGUUUUACCGUUCUGCUACUAAUUCCACUUGCUUUUAAAACAGAAAGUUGUACAUGUUGUAUAUUAGCCAUAUUUAUAAUCCACUUGCAGGAUUUAUUGUAAAAUACAUUUCUGAUUUUAUAGUGCAAUUUACCCCCCCCCCCCUUUUAUGUUUUAUCAUCAUUAUUUAGAUACAACUAUGUUUUUACUUACGUUUUGUCAACAGAAUGAUGUUGAGGUAAAAAAAUAAAUUAAAUUACAAAAAUAUAUAUCUAAAAAAUA